UAAAAUGCCCUUAAAAAUGUAGCCCCGAGAAACGAAGAAAAAGGGUUUGCCGAAAUGGGGAGAAGAAUAUUGAACGAUGCCUUGAGAACCAUCGUCAACGCCGAAAAGAGAGGCUUCGCUUCGGCGGAGCUUAAGCCCAUCUCUAAUGUCAUGGCUUCUUUCCUUCAAAUCAUGAAAUACCGAGGGUAUAUCAAGGAUUUCCAAGUGCAUGAUCCACAUAGAGUGGGGAGGAUAACUGUGGAGCUGCUGGGGAGGAUUAAUGAUUGUCGGGCUAUCACUUAUAGACAGGAUAUCAAGGCUCAUAACAUCAAGAAUUACAAAACAGACACGCUUCCUACUCAUCAGUGGGGCUAUGUGGUAAUUACUACACCAAAUGGAGUUUUGGAUCAUGAAGAGGCAAUUAGACAAAAUUUAGGUGGUCAAGUUCUGGGGUACUUUUAUUAAAUUUAGGGCCAUGGCGUAAGCAAAGAACGACUUCCAAUUUCCCUUUGGUUUUGUACAUUUAUUUGCUUGCUAUGAGAUCAUGGAAGAACUAUGAAUGUCCUCGAAGCUUUCCUUGAAAUGUCCUCAGGGAAUGGUUUUGUACAUUUAUUUCCUUGCUACGAGAUCAUGGAAGAACUUUGAAUGUCCUCGAAGCUUUCCUUGAAAUGUCCUCAGGGAAAGACACUGGUGGUAAUCAUUUGUAUGUCUUUGGUGUAUAUGAAAUAACAUUUCAUUUGGAAACUCAAACAAGACUAUUGCUACAUUUUGGUUUUCCACCUGUUAGAAUAGAGUUAAGAUGACUUUUAAAAUUCUUCUGUUAAUGUUCGUCUGGUUCUUAUCCAAUUAAACGGUUGAAAGAUGAACUUGUAGUU